AUGAUUCUCCAGAAUCUAACCUCCAACUCCAGUGAGCCUUCAGGGGACAUGGGAGUCUUCAUGUUUGGACACUGUGGGGACAUGAUGGCAGGUAUCAUAGUCUGGGCAUCUCUCAGCGCUCUCUUCUCUCUGGUUGGGUGUCCUGCCUGUGUUGCUGUUCUCUUAGAGCUGUUCCGCAGACACAAAGCAGGAACUCCCGUCUCCCCCAACGACGUCUUCAUGCUCAACCUCACCAUCAUGGACUUGGUCUUCUUGUUUUUUGUCCCGCUCGGACUGUGUAACUUCCUGCUGUGGUACAUCAGGCCCAUUCAAAUGCUGAGUAACUUCCUGUAUGCUCUGAACCUGGCUGGACGACCUCUGUUUACAGCGUGUAUCUGUCUGGACUGCUACCUGGCUGUGGUCCAUCCUGUCACCUACCGCACCAGGAAGAGUCUGAUCCCCCGCGUCCUCAUGGCUGCGGCUGUGUGGACCAUCACGGUGACUCAAGGGAUCACGUUCAAAGUCGUCAGUGAGAUGAACCACAGCGCCUGGGCCAUGUCUGUGUACAUCAUAGCACUGCCCAUCAUCAUCUCAUGUGAUGUCUCCAUCCUCUGGGCUCUGAAGAAGUCCGUCCAUGCAGGCGGAGACCUCCACCCCAGGAAGAAGAAGGCUCUGCAGAUCAUCACUAACAGCAUGGUCAUGACCGUCACAUCGUACGUCCCCCCAGUGCUGGCGUACAUCCUUGGAGAUCUGAUCAUCAGUGAUGACACAGUGUAUGAAUGCUUUUUGGCCAUACCGAUCCUGAUAACUCCGACUGCAGGGAGUGCGAUCAUGCCUCUGCUCUAUCUGGGGAAUCUAGGGGGUCUGAAGAGUCCCUGCUGUUCAGAUGGUUAGAGAGAAUAGGGUUAGACAGUUUUAACUAAUGCAUAUCAUCAUAGGUGCCAUGGUAGUGCAGUGGUUAGCAUUGUUGCUUCACAGCAACGGGGUGCCUGGUUCAAACCCAGGGUGUGGGAGCCCUUGCGUAUGGGAUUUGUAUUUACUCCCUGUGUCAGCGUGGGUUUUCUCCAGGUACUCCAGCUUCCUCCCACAGUCCAAAGACAUGCAGGUUAAUUGGUGACUCUAAAUUGUCCAUAGGUGUGAAUGUGAGUGUGAAUGGUUGUCUGUCUCUGUGUGUCAGCCCUGUGAUAGUCUGGUGACCUGUCCAGGGUGUACCCUGCCUCUCGCCCAAUGUCAGCUAACAGGAUAAGUGGUUAUAGUGAAUGAAUGAAUAUUGCCAUGAAAAUUAGUUCUCUGAAACUGUAUGUUUGAAUAUGCAAAAAAAACAUUAUCUAAUUGAAUAAGCAUUAAUUUAGAUUUUUCCAGGACAAAAUCUGACCUUGAAUAAAGUCAGGUUUAAAACUUUUGUUUCAUUUCUGUUUCAUCAAAGUUUUUUUUAACAAAGAAAAUUAUUGAUAUUUAUUUUUAUUACUCCCUUAGAAAAUCAGAAAAAACUGUCAAUAGCCUUAAAAAAAUAAUCUUCAUCAUGUUUUUAGGAAUAAAAUGUUACAUAUAAAAUGUUUUUGUUUUGUUUCAAUAUUGGGGCGACACGUGAUGCAGCGGGUUUGGUAGACGGCGCUUAAUUUCCUUCAUUCUGGUGAUUUUUUUAUGUGCCAUUUUAUGCCUUUAAUGCAGCAGUUUAUGGUGUAAAUGUCUUAAAUGUUGUCAAAAUGUCCUCUGCUACUUUUAUGUUUUUAUUGGGGGGGUGGGGGUGUCGAAUGCAAGCAUUCUUAAUAUUGAUGGUGCCAUGCCACCUGUGAAAUCUAUGCCUGUGGUUAUAUAAAUCAAGCUAUUAAUGAUAUAUAAACAAUCCCCUAUGUAAAAAAACAAUCUUUGGAAGAUAAACAGGGAUAAAGCCAGAAUGGUUUGUAUAGUGGUGUUGAUGUCUGUCUCAGAGAAAAAAAUCCAAUUUUGAGAAAAUGGCCUUUAAAGGUAUGUGUUGUAAAAUUACGUACAUUUUUGGACCAAAAGUAGGACGGCACAGAUGAAGAGGGUAAAAAUGUUAUCUAACAGACAUUGCCAAGAAACCUUCCCCAGUUGAUUACUUACAUUAAGACAAUUAUUUUUUAUAUUACAAGUUUUAUUACAUUUUAUGUUUGAGUAUGCCAAGUACUCAUUAUAUAGUUAAACAUGCAUUGUUUGCAUAUGUUUCCACAACAGGAAUCUGAACAUAAAUAAAAAUCUAAACGUGCAUUUUGGAUGUUGUCUUUCCAGUCUUAGUCUGAAUGACAACAUGUUAUGGAAGCAAAAUAGCCCAAAAUCUCAAAACUGACCAGCACAUGAAAAAGCAUUUUCACCUGUAGUGUCUCACCUUGAUAGUCAAGUUUGAUGGUGAUGUGUCAACUACAAAACAGUAAAUGCAUCCAGUUCAGUGGUGAUACUAGAUUUAUAUGGUUACACCUAAUAUUGUAUGUAUGAAAGUUUUACAGGUAGCUAGCUGUCAUACACUCGCCAGAAGGGGCCCCACUUAGGGUUCUUUUGGGGCAUUAGCAGUGCACUGUAGUGCUUUUAUGGGAGGGGCUUUCUAGUUGUCAUUGCAAAAUGUACCAACAUGAGUGGCCAUCAGGAGCCCCUUUUCCCAGUUUUUGUGGGGGGUCCAAAACUUUUGCCUGGAUUGCAUCUCUUGCUGGUACAUCCCUGAUCCAGUCAUGAGCCAAGGAAGCCUCUAUUAACCAUUCACAAGUUGCAGCUCUAUUUGCGUGCAGCCAGUAGAACUGUCUGAACUGCUUUUUACAAUAUUUCAGCGCACAAAUAAUCUACUCAGCUGGUGAUGUAAAUAACUUGUAAAUAAACAUGUUUAACUGCACGGUCUGAGUUGAUUCGUCUCAGUAGGCAUCAGUGUCGGCAGAUAUCAGGAUGUAAGUGUCACAAUAUGUAUCAUCCAUCCCAUCAUUUUUCAGGAAAGAGCUCACAAAUCACAUGCUUAU